GGCGCGGUAAGGGAGGGAGUUUCACCAGAUACCCAUGGAUAGCACAUGCCGUCGUACUUGAAGCGUUACAAAUGUCAAUCAACAAACCACGGGAUUGGCAAGUGACUUCUGAUAACAGUUUGUAGCUAGGAAGAAGGAAACUAAUUCCACGGAAGCAUACCGGUAGAUGUAAAGCGAAUUUGUAACACUUGACGAUCAGAUGGGGCUGACAAAAAUUGAAGUUCAAAAGAGAGAUCGAUAAUUAGAUUCCUACACCUCAUGGUGCGAAUUAUCGACGACGGCGAAUCAAAGUAAACUACGGGAAAAGUAUUGUUCAUGGAUCUGCAAAAUGUUUGGCGUUGUUAAGACAAUCCAACACGAUGAAUUCAUCGAGUUUCCGAAGAUUUUAUCCAUUUAUCUUCGUAUCUCGAUUGCUGUUGUCUUUGAUCGAAGUUUCUUUGUCUAGCAAUGCUACACAAGCUCUUCACCUUGUACUUCAACCAACAAAGCCAAAUAAUUCUUACUUUUCCCUGACGGGAUCAACCUUCUUGUUGAACUGUACCAUCACAGGGAAAAGCGUACAUGUGUUUAAUAUAUCAUGGUGGCACGAUGGAGAAAACCUAUCUAGCAGUAAAACACAACAAAUUGACAAUGUCACGCUGCAGCUGCAGUUAUCAAACACAAGAAAAAGCGAUAAUGGAAUUUACUGGUGUGGUUCAAAAUCUGACAAGAAAUCCCUAAGAAUAAUUAUCUCACUUUCUGUGGCAGACCCACCAAGUCCACCACGUAAUUUAGAAUGGAAUGCUAUUGGUGCUCUAGAUAGGGAAGUUCAUGUGUACUGGGCAGCCUCUAGCUAUACUGGUGGCUUACCAAUUGACUAUUCCAUCAAACUGUGUCUAAAUGACUCAGUAAUAAAUCCAACACCGCCCCCAGUACCAACCUGCAAAUGGAUUGAUAAAUGCCAUCAUGUACAGCCUGAACAUGUAAAUGUUUUCGAUGACAAGAGACAUUUUUCAUGCAUAUUGAAGGGAGCUGAGUAUGAUUUUCCUGGUUGUGGGACUCCAUGUAGUUAUUCCAUCUAUGUUGUUGCCUCAAAUGCUGUAGGAAGUGCAUCCACUGAGAUUUUCUUACCAAUCCUCAGAUUUUCUCAAGCAACACCUUGGCCGCCAGAUAGAUUCACAGUGGAACAACUUUCAGACAGGGAAAAAGAAUUAAGAGUUUCUUGGAAAGCAAAACGUGGGUGGAAUUACAUGCAAGACAUUGAUAAGGAGUAUACAAUACUGUACGGUACAAGAGAAGACAAAGAGAAUAAGACUACAGUUGUAAUAAAUAAAGAGUUCACAAUAUUAAGAGGAUUGAAAGCAUAUACAGAUUAUUAUGUGUACCUGAAAGUCAGAUUUCUUAACCGUGACGAAUCAGACGAGAAUUCUGCAUACAGUGACAUACUAGGGCCAACUGUUAUUAAAACAUCACCAGGAGAUCCCGUCAAUCCGCCUGUAGUGAAAAGGCAUCAUUCAGACAUUUUCCCUAGCAAUUCAGGCCUCAGAAAUGUAACCGUAGAAUGGAAGUUGGCAGCCAUUUCUUCAUGGCGUGGUACUCCCGGUAAAUACAAGGUUUUUUGUAGGCGCCACCGCUUUCGCAAGGGACAAACUCCAACUUUGGAGUACAGCACAGAUGCCACACUAAACAAGACCACUCUACCAAAAUUAAACUCUCGGACCAAAUAUAAUGUGUUCCUGAAGAUGUGUAACAAGGCAAACAAGUGUAGCAACAUUGGUAAAUCGUAUAUCGUCAAUGAAGUGCAAGAGAAGGACAAACCGACAAACUCUGACAAGAAAAUGAGCACUGCGCAGAUUGCCACUGUGUCGGUUUCAACGGGGAUGGGACUCCUCGUGGGAGUUAUUUGUACUGUGUACUUGUUAAGGAAAUAUCGACGUGGGGAACUAACACGGCAUAUAUUGAACAUAUUACCCUUGAGGGAACGCAUUACACUUGAUCUUCCAACUCAUUACGAAUACCUGGAAGAAGCUAGCAUCCCAACGGAAGAGGCCUAUGAGGAAUUGAGAUAAAGAGCACUCUUCAAUUGAGUGUCGCAAGAAAUCUGGGAUUGCGCUGGUUUUGUUUACAGCCGAAACCAUAGCCAUCCGAGCAACCAAUCAGAACAAAGGUUGACAUAAGCACUGGCCAAUGAGAUCUCAAAGUGAAAACAAACACACUGCUUGAAGUGCGGGAAAAUGAGCGCGGGAAAACGCGAAUCAUGACCAUGUCGCGAAUGUGUCUAGUUCUGAAUCUGAUUGGUUGAUAGGAUGGCGGGAGUUUUCUGGACCAAUCACAGAGCAAAGUUAAGUGAAACCAAAUCAAUCCGCCUGUAACAUGCCAGCAUCUGGCAUUUCACCUUCAGUCUGACAUUGACCAGAUUAUUUAGUCAGAAAAUUAGGGUUAGAAUUGAUGCAACUGUAUGUAAAUGACAAUUUAAGGUUAAAUUAGAAAAAGAGGAAGUACAUUCACGUAAUAGAUUAUACGCAUUUACUAAUAAUAGCUGGAUGAUAUGUACCUUGAAACAAUAACAACAAUUAAGAGUUAUUAUCAGAAUUAGAGCAAAUGUUUGCUUACACUCCUACCAAAUGAAUUUCUUUAGUCCUGUGUUUUAUUGUUAAAUUUUACUUCUUGAAAAUGUACCGGCAUACACCGAUUGUUAGAGGGUCCUAUUGGUUUUACAAGGGCAUAAAAGCCGCAAGCGUGUUUUAAUGAUUUUACGUGUGUCUCAAAGCUGAUGUGCACAAAAAGACAGGAAAAUAUUUCUGACGACGAACCCGGGAAAUUUUUCUCAACAAAGGAAAGUGUUUAUCCGAAAUAAAUAUGAGACCCAAUUGUCAUAUGACUUACCAAAAUAUAGUUAAACUGAAUGAGAGAAUUGCUACACUGGAUCAUAUUUUUGGGUAUGGAAGGCCAAAAUGGUUAAUGUGGAACUUCAGAAUGGCAGAUCUCAAAAGAAGGAAAUAAUUUGUCCGAAUGAAUUUGAAAUUGUUUGCGUUAUUUAAGGAAACUUGUGCUAUUUAUGGGUGAGAUUUGUACAGCUAUAUCCCGGGUGUCAAAGGCACAGCUACCCACCACAAUUUCUAUUUAUUAGUCCCAGCAUGUCGUGUAAAUAUUUUAUACCAGUAUUACAUUCUUUAGUCUUAUUUAAUACAACUUAAUUGAAUUAUGACUUUUUGUAUUUGCAAUUCUGUACUUCCCUAAAUCGACUUUUUUCACAUAAGCUUUAUUAUGUUAGAGUGUGUCUAAUAAAUAUCUUUAUUUUCGUAAA